CAGAUCUGGCAAACCUUCAUGGGCGACAGAGCGUGGAGAACGACCAGCUUGGAGAUUGAUGCGGACACCAGCUACGCUCACCUCCACGGCCGGAAGCACGGCUUCGGCUGCUACCUGUACAGCUUUGAUGACGACAUGACCUACAUACAGACACGGGGUCUCAUCCUGACAGACUUCACAACCAACUAUUGUGAUGAGAGCACUCGGGUAAUACGCCAAUCAGACCUCAUCGAUAAUGAUUGUGACGGUUCGAUCGAUGAAGAGCUAUUGAAUAACCAAGAUGAUGACAAUGAUGGCCUCAUUGACGAAGAUGUCGUUGAUGAUUUGUUUGUGGACGGCCAUUGGUCGGAGUGGGACGAGUGGGAGUGUGAGGGGUCGUGUGGGACGUCGACCUUCAUCUCUUACAGGUCGUGUAACAACCCUAAGCCUAGAUAUAUGGGCAAAACGUGUGAAGGAUAUUUUGUCAGGAAAAACAACAGCAGUUGUAAGGGAUUGGUCGAGUGUGGCCAAAACUGUACAAGGCGUCGCUAUGGUUACCAGUGUGCCUUCACGUGCGACAACUGUGUCAGCAACUGUCAUCCAGUCAACGGCUCGUGUGCUGAGUGUUUGCCUGGGUGGAGGGACCCUCGUCUGGCAUGCAACACACCCUGCCCGGAGUGGACGUAUGGCUUCAGGUGUGAGAUGAUGUGUGAGAAAAAGUGUGGGGUGGACUGUGUGAGUCGUGUGGACGGGGCUUGUCCAGAGUCCAACAUGAUGUUUAUCUCCUCUGUUUGGACGGUCUUGUUGUUGGGGUUGAUAACCUUGGCCUUCAUCGCUUUGUGGUACAACGAGGCGACACGCUUGACCCUCCUGCUCAUGGUCUCCGCCAUCAAGGGAAAGAACUACAUCUGGAGGUAUAAAAACAAGAAAGGGGAGAAAAUCCUUGUGCUGACUACCCCCAAUCUCUACAAAAAGUUAACCUCAACGAAAAAGAAAAAAGGCCGUAAAGGGAAAAAAUCUACUCGUGUUUUCUUAUCUGAAGUUGAUGGCCAAACAAUAAGGACAGGUAAAAAGAGAUCGAAGAAGAAGAAGAAAGCCAAGGCUUCAGCUAAAGGAGAUACCGGGAAAAAAUUCCGUAAAAAGAAACUAUCUGCGAAAAAGCUCGCGAAAAAACGCGCGAGAAAACUGGCAAAAAAGAAACGGAAGCAACUCCAGCAAACUGCCGGAUCUUCGACUCAAGUGGACGGCAAAGACGCGGCUGACGUCACACCGUCUAUGUGGAGUGAGAUCACUUCCUACGUCAAGGAGUCCAUCAAAUACAACUCCCUGGCCUCCACCCCCAACCAGCCCUCCCCUAAAUCCGUGUCCGAGGUUCCGUCCACUAACGUGUCUGGUGGAAAAGAUACAGACACCAAGAUGGCCGCCCAAAUCAAAACCAAGUCAUCCUCUACAAAUGCUUCGGCCACCAAAGGAUCUAAAUCUCCAGAGUCUCCUAAAAACAUAUUUGAACCCCCUUCUCCGAACAUUGUCUCUACCAGACGCAAAUCUGAACCCCCUUCUUUGAAAAUCCACUCUCCUAAAAGCAAAUCUGAACCACCUUCUCCGAAAAUCCCCUCUCCCAAAACCAAGUCUCAACCCCCUUCUCCGAAAAUCGACUCUCCCAAAACCAAGUCUCAACCCCCUUCUCCGAAAAUCGACUCUCCCAAAACCAAGUCUCAACCCCCUUCUACAAAAGGAUCUUAUACCAAUAUACCUCCUAAAGCCAAAUCCAAACCCCCAUCCACCUACGUAUCCUCUGCCCAGGCAUCUCAAACAAUGGGCAGCCCAAAAACUAAAUCUAAAGCCUCUUCCCCGGCAGCGUCUACUGUCCAGGCACCGUUUGGUACGACGGAAGCCAAAGCCGAACACCUUCCUUCAGCGUCUACUGUCAAGUCACCGUUUGGUACGACAGAAGCCAAAGCCGACCUUCCCCCUAAAGCAGAACCUGCUCAAGGUUCAACUACCACAGAGCCAGAUCAAAACAAAUUGUGUACACUUUCCUAAAAGUGUGUACAUAUUUUUGACGAGUAAUCCACAUUUCUUGGGCGGUGUGUGUGACAAGAUUUAGUGAAUGUCUGUGUGAAAAGAUAAAAUUAAAAAUGCGUGUGCGUAAAAUAUCUCUCUGUUUUUAAGUACUUUACGAACCUUUAAAGGGCCCUACUGGGACGAUGUUUAGCAGUAAAGUAUGGGGCCCUAAUAGAAUCUAAGACAUAUUUACAUAAUGAGCUGGCCUUAUUUGCCUAAUCUGACUCUAGGCAUUAUUUACCAAAAACGUAGCUAGGCCCUAUUUGACAAGUGACAUAUUC